GUGAGUUUAAUUGCUUGCCUCUAGAGAAAUUUUCCCCUUCUCCUGGAUGUUAGGGGUGUUUUGUCCACACAGGAAACAUUAACCUCUUCCUGCAUUAGCUGGUAACUCUCACAAGCUGCUCUCUGACUCUUUCUGCCCUAGCAGGCCUGCUGUUAGUCAUCAGUGUCAGGCGCUGAGGUUACAGCAAAGGCCAGACUGUCAACCAGAGGCUCCUUCUGCAGAAAUCAUCGAGAAAUAUUUAGAGACCAGAACAUAUGUUGCUGAUGAUGAUGUGUGAGGGUUGGUUCAUGAUGUUUUUGUCAUCUUUAAGUUUUUUUUUUUCAUCCUGCCAGUGUUGUCUUGGCCUUGCACAUCCAGUCAGAUACACAGGAGAGUGGAGGAGAGGUCCCUGCCCCCACAGCACAUUAUAAACUCCUGCCUAACAAGAACAAUCUGGUGUGCAGGCCGGAGAGCUCAGACACUCUUGGGGAAACUGAAGGGGGAGGAGAACAGUGGAGAGGCAGAAGGAGGGAUUUGUCCUCAUGGUUAGCGGCAUCUUUUCUUUUUUUUUUUUUGCACUAUCCAGACAAACCUCCAGCCUGAAAUAUGAAACUGCAAAAGUGGCGUGGCUCGUCGAGCAUUCGCCACUCUUUGCUGUGCUCUCUCACUUCACUUUUUCCAGACUGGUUUCACUCAUCCUCCAGCCGAGGCGAUUCCAACAGAGACACUUCUUCUGCCACAGUUGAUGGUUUUUCCAGAAUCCUCCAAGAGUCUUCCGUCUACUGGAUGAAAAAAUAUUCUCUCCGCUGCAUAAUAAAAAAGCUUUUUAACCUGUUUCCAAGAUCCUGAAGGGAAACAAUGCUCCCGAUGGCCCUUCAUCUGAUUGGUCUGUGUGUGGUGUUUUGCACCAGCAGCAGCUCGGCCACACCUCUACCUCUUUACAGUUCUCUAGAGGGAAGUGCAGGCGAGGAGGAACCAGCUUUCUUUCUGCCCACCAGAAACUGGUCCUCUGAGUACCAAACCACACCUGUUGGCCCCACCCAUGUGGAAACUGAUUUUCUGAGUCAAGUUGUGAACUUUCUGGAGGAGAACAUGCUCCUUUUCCUUGUUUCAGCUACUUUCAUCCUUCUUGUCUUCCUUAUUAUCUGUGGGGCAAUUUUCAUGAGCCGCAGGCGAAAAGUCAAUGCCUACUACCCUUCCUCCUUCCCCUCAAAAAUGUAUGUAGACCUCAGGGACAAAACCGGAGGUACUAAACCCUUUAAUGAAGUGCCAGAAAAACCUGCUCCUGAGCAGGAAAGUGAGCCAGUGGACUCUCAUAAGCAGCUCCAGGCAGACAUUAUGAGGGCUGCCAAGAGCCUCCGCACACCAAAUAAAUGUGUUGAUGCUGCAGAGGGAAGUGACCCCAGUGGGAAAGUAGCAGACCACAGUCCUGAGGACAGCUCCAAUCCAGAUGGCAGCAUCCUGGACCAGCACCUACCAACUCUCCCUGAGGAAAAGGAGCUGUGUGAGCUUUCUGACAGUGAAGCAGCUGCAGCAGCAGGUGGCCCUGAUCUGCAUCCUCCAGAGGAAGAUGAUUCACGGGAGCCUCUGACUGGCAGGAGUCUGCGGCCCUCCUCUCUGCAUAUUCAUAAUGACUCUGCCACACUUCAGCUGAUCGCAGGAGAGAAAACUGCCUUCUAACUAUUCUGAACACUGACCUGAAUAUAUUUUUUUAAUGCUUUGAAUCAAUGAGUGGCAAUUUGUCCACUGAAGCUUUUCAAGCAUUUCUACAAGUUUAUAAAGGGAAAUGCAGAAAAGCUGCUAAAUUACAAUCACCUUUUUUUGCAAUAUAUUAUGUUUAUAUUGAGUGCAGGGAAGAUACAUGCAGCAGCCUGUUGCUUUGCCUGGAUAUAUCAUUCAAGCCAUAUUAUAAACAUUUCUUAUAGAGUAACAUCAUUAACAUCUGGUACAAGACAUUUCUUUUUAUGGGGAUAUCUGAAAUUUUGCUUAGUGUGUCCAAUCCUUAAACUAUCCUGUAUAGGGGCCACUUCAGUAAACUUUGUGUGGUAUGGUCCCAAAUACUUUGCACUUCUGCGCAAAACACUGAGUAUUGACAAUGUUUUACAGAUCAGUAUUUGAAUGUUUAAAAUGAGUCAAGUAUAGCAAACCACUGCCUGAGAGAAGUUUUGAUUUACAUGCAAGCACAGUAAAAUCCAGAUUAACAGCAGACCUCCUCAAUUAGAUCUUUUUCAUAGCAGACUUUUGGACACUAUAGCAGUAAGUGCACACAGGUGUAAUUAAUAGCAUUGAUAACGACUGCAUUUCAUUUAGGUGGGCCAGUUACACCGCUAUGACAGCGUGAUUGUAGAUCACUGAAAUGCUUUACAUGGACACUUAAAUUAUCUGAGCUAUCAUUAAUGAAAUGAGUUACACCUGUGCAUUUCCAUUUAUGACGGUAAAAAGGUCUAAUAUUCAGGCUGCUCAAAGUAAUAAAUUGCACUCGAAACAAAAUAUGAUUCAGGAUACUUUUAUUGCGGACUGUCAAGAAAGCAUUACUAAAUAAUUAUAAAUUACACUUCAAACGAAUGGACCCUUUCAUUGUUUCAAGCCACUUUGCUUCAUUGCAUAUCAAAACGUCAGUGCUUCGGGGUGCAGAUAGGAUACAGCGGUUAGCUUUAAUCAAUAUCUCCAUACCACCAUUCAAAAUAAACACUCCUCAAGUACGAAAUCUUAAAAUAGAACACAAUCUCAAAAAUAAGGCUCAACUUUGUACCAACCU